GACGUGUUGCAAAAAGACCACCUCUGUACAUACAUUUACAUAAUAAUACAUGAAAGUAAGGAACGGUGGCUCCUUUUACUUACCAUGUACUGUCCACUUGCCCACGGUUUCGUUCCCCGUGUUCUUAACAAAACUCAGUAUUCGUCUGCUGUUGUUAGCAGCUUGCGCGCACAGAUUAUUCAGGAAACCACGUUCGCAGGCUAAACCAAAAUGUCUUCAAGUUUCCCAAAGAGAAGAGUUCUGCAGAAACUAAAGACAGAAAGCGAUGAGCUAAUGGCAGCUGCUGUUGGAGACUUGGCCUGGCUUCGGCAGAGCCUACAGAAAGCAAAAUCGGUGACUCAUACUGACAAGCAUGGACUAACAGUUAUUCAUUUAGCUGCACUCCAUGGACACUUGGAAUGUUUGAAAGAAUUGAUUGAAAAAUACAAUGUGGAUAUUGACCUAGCCAGCUCAGAAGGAUGGAGGCCAAUCCAUUUAGUUCUAAACAAAGAAUGUGGACCUAAUGCCAUGUCAUGUCUGAAAUACCUAAUAGAAAAAAAGGCAAAUGUGAAUGUCAAAACUGAAGCUGGAUUGACUCCCCUUCACCAGGCAGCAAGUGAAGGAUUGCUGGACUGCAUAAUGGCACUGGCUGAAGCUGGUGCUGACGUUCACGUGAAGGAUCAGGAUGGACACAGACCCAUAGACUACUGCAGGCUAUGGGGCCACAGAAGAUGUGCCAGGUAUCUCAAAGACAGAAUGUGGAAAAAGGGCAAGGAAGAAUUUUUACAUCAGCUUCAACAGUUGAGUAAAAUGAAAUGCCAACUAAUACUUGAAGAGCUUGCAGUUAAAGAAAAGUACCAGGCAGACAAUGAUUUCUUUGGCCAGUUGGCCUUCUCUGAUUGGAUUGAUGGAAAGAACUUGCCAGAAAAGUUAAAGAAGGCUCCAUUAUGUAAGAAGAAGAAACUCUCAAGCAGGGGAUGUCUUCCAAACAAGCUAAAUACAUUUCACACAGUUGAAAAAAAGCAAAAAACAAAAAAGGUUAUACAGAACUUUGAAAAAGACACAGUUGAAACCACAUUACAAGCUGAAUCUUCAGUUUCACAGAGAGAAUGCAAAAUAACAAGGGAUCAAAAACAUAAAAAGGAUAGAAUUAAUAAAAUUGCAGCUGAUAAAAGCUGUGAAUGUGCAUCAACUGAACAACCUAAAAGUCAUAUGUCAGAGGAUGAAAUACCAACUCAAGCCUAUAAGCAGCCGUGGAACAUAAGUGUGAAUCCUUGUGCACCUCCUGUUACAUCUAUUUACAGACCUACAGUCAUCCAACCUGGAAUGGAUGGUGAAGACUACCUCAGAGAUCAUGACUUCAAGGAUUUCUUACUCCUUUCAAAGGACAAGCUGGGGAACCCAAAGGUCAGAACAGUUUCUGGUGGAAGAGCUUCUCCUUUACCACUCUUACCGUUUGAAGUGCUGAAGAAUAAGUUAUUUCCAAGUUCUCUACCAGACCGUAUUAAGGUCCCUGAAGAUUUCAAGUCAGUGUGUAUUUUAGACGUUCCAAGAAAAAGACUACCCAGGAAUGGAGAGAAUCCCUGGUCAGAAAUAACAUUUCAUUUACGUGAAAAAUUAGAUGGUGGAUUAGAAGUCUGUAGCCCAGUUCCUACUACUGUUAGUAGCAACAGCAGUCUGAAUUCUUGCAUAAGUAAAGUUUCAAGUUAAUUACAGAUGAAAGCAGAUGAUUAAAGUUUUGCAGACUAAAACAGUAUAAAAGUGUUCUGCUGAAUUAUAUAAUUAAGUCAAUGAUAUAUGUUCUGUAUAGAACAAGUUCUUACUUUGAGACACUUAUAAUGUAGUCUCAUGUGACAAAAUAAAUAAAUAAAAUCAGA